AUGCCUUUCCAGUACAAGAUCGGGCCGUUCCGAGCCCCAUUGCUCCCUGACGACGAGAGUAUCAGCUCGACUGCUCCAUCCAAACUGUCCGACAAUUCCAAUGCUCUGCCGGACAGGGCUCCUUUCCUACUUCGCACCGACAGUUUCGGCUCAACAAUCACCUCGUCCAAGACUUCCUACCAACCCGAGCCACCGCCGGUCCGAGCCCCCUUCCACCUCCUGCGUACCAACAGCCAGCGUUCAGUGCCUCCAGAGAAGACAUCCUACCACUCUCUCCAUGCAGAGCUAGGUGACAAAGGGGAUCAGGACUUCUGGCAGCACACACGGAAAUCGUUCUUUCUCAAGAUGGCAGCGGUCUUCGUCCUGUUGCAAGUGCUUUUCCUGGGAAACUUGUCGUACCUCUAUGGGUCGUUAUGGGGAUCGAACAGCCGUGUCUCGUCAUUGCACGUUUUGUGGCUGGACCUCGACGGUGGAGUGAUUGGCGACUCGGUAAAGAGUGCUUAUGAGAGCUUACAGGGCCCUGAGUUCCCUUCGCUCGAGAAGCCUUCCGUAAACGAACUGCAUUCUGUCGCCGAGGCGCUGGACGCGGUCCGGUCUGGAUCGUAUUGGGCAGCCUUUGUCGUCAAUCAAAAUGCCUCGGCCAAGCUCGCUCGUGCCCUUCGCGGUGGCCAGGCGGCGCAGACGUACCAGGCUUCUGACGCUCUGACAUACAUCUGGAACGAGGUCAGAUACCCUCCGUUCUCGGACGAGGCGUUGAUGUCCAAUUUCGAGCUGCUGGCGCAGGUUGCCGAACAGGAAUACCACCACAGCCGAGGUCAAGCCGAGCUGCAGCGUCUGAACAGAAACAAUACAGCCGCUGUGCAGGUGCUGUUCCAUCCAAUCGGCAUCUCUGCUUUGAAUAUCAUGGAAACCACAAAUCCCACCAGGCUUCUGUACAACACGGCGACGAUGGUGAUGCCGGUGCUGGAACAGUUCUUUUUCGUGUUGAUCCUGAACGGACUUUCCGAUGAGCUUGGCAUAUACAAAAAGGUUCCCGCGAUGACAACAGCCAUCAUCCGACUGGCAUUUGCCUUUGCUUACCCCCUCUGCUCCGCACUCGGCAUGACCGGGUACGUAUGGGCGUUUCGCGAAACAUGGUCAGUGGACGGGAAGCAGUUUGGUUUGACAUGGAUGACUUUCUGGUUGCUCCACACGGUGCACUUUGUUGUCGUCGACACGGCGGCCGCGUUUUGGCCUGUCCCCGUCAUGCCGUUCUUCAUUCUCACCUGGAUCGUCCUCAACCUGUCGAGUUCCGUCAGCCCACUCGAGCUCAAUGCAACCUUUUAUCGCUGGGGCUAUGCACUUCCGGAUAACGAAGCGUAUUCCCUUCUGACUGACAUUUGGUCCCACGGCGCAGUGCCCGUGCUCCAUCGCGCUCUUCCGAUCCUGUUCGCCUGGCUCCUGGUUGGCUCGAGUGCAGCUACCUUUGGUCACUUUCGCCGCUGUCGACUGGCGCGUGAUAAGUAA